AUGUCCGGUCCAGAAGUCCAUCAUCUCUUCCAUCACCCCAUCGCCGACCACUCCUUCUCUGCUGACCGCCAAACUCUUGCCGUUGCCCGAGAAAAUAAUGUCGAGCUGUACCACAGAUCCGGCUCCAAGUUCACGUUGAAAGAUGAAUUGAAGGGCCACGACAAGACCGUCACGGGCGUGGACAUCGCCCCCAACAGUGGGAUGAUCGUGACUUGUUCUCAAGACCGUAACGCCUACGUCUGGGAACCCUCCCCGUCCGGCGAAUGGAAACCAACCCUGGUGCUCCUGCGUAUCAACCGCGCCGCCACCUUCGUGCGCUGGUCACCUUCGGAGAAGAAGUUCGCCGUUGGCUCCGGUGCCCGUGUCAUCGCUGUCUGCUACUUUGAGGAAGAGAAUGACUGGUGGGUCUCAAAGCACUUGAAAAAACCCAUUCGGAGCACUAUCACUACAGUGGCGUGGCACCCGAACAGCGUGCUUCUGGCGGCUGGCUCUACGGAUAGUCAUGCCCGGGUCUUUUCCGGCUUCAUCAAGGGCAUCGAUGAACGCCCUGAGCCGAGCGUGUGGGGGGAGAGAUUGCCCUUUAAUACCGUGUGUGGAGAGUAUUUAAACGAUGCGGCGGGGUGGGUUCACGCCGUGUCCUUCUCCCCCAGCGGUGAUGCGUUGGCGUUCGCCGCCCACGACAGCAGCAUCACGGUGGUGUACCCGAGUGGACCGGACCAGCCGCCUAGGGCUAUGCUAAACAUCUCGAUGCAAACCCUUCCCUUCACCUCGUUGAUCUGGAAUGGUGAAGCCGAGAUCAUCACCGCUGGGUAUGAUUGCGAGUGUUUCCGGUUUCGAGGCGGUGAGCAAGGGUGGGAGUUGGUCGGCAGCGUAGAGAUGCACAAGCGCCCGGGUAUGGGUGCGAUGAGAGAGGAGUCUGCGUUGAACAUGUUUCGGCAGAUGGACCUGAAGGGCAAGGUCAAGGAUGAUACUCAGCUGAGCACCACGCAUCAGAACACGAUCAACACAAUAAGGGCCUUCGAAGGAGGUCCCGGGGGCGUGAGGAAGUUCAGCACAAGUGGUGUUGAUGGGCGAGUUGUCAUCUGGACGCUUUGA